AUGAGCCAAGCCUGCUUGGAGAGGAGUGUCCGUGUGGGUUGCGCCAAAGCCUCGAAUCGCCAAAAAUCGCUCAGAAUCCGCAGGAGCAAGGUAAUCGGCAGAAAAAGGCGAUGGGCACAAAACAGCUUCAUUGCCCAGUCCCACCGGGCGAGUUGUCAGCGAACCGAUGGAGCGUGCAUGGCAACUCGUCUUGUCUCAUUUCCUUGUUUCCUCCCCAUCUUCAUCCUCCUGUCUCGUCCGUUUCGUGCAUAUCGCCUCAAGGCGCUGUACCAUUCGAGCCUGCUUUCUUUUUUCAUUGCCGACACGAGAAUGACACGAGUUGUCGCCACCCAAUUUCGACCAGGCAUUGCCGUUGAAGGCAGGAGACUGUACCGCUUCGUUGACCAGCCGAAUGCUCUCUCUUCAUCCGGACAAAUUGGAGACUGUCAAUUCCUUCAUUACUCUGUUGUGCUUGCUCCCGCACCCACUUCCCAAGGCCUACUUUAG